AUUUUUUUCACUUUAUACCUGUGAACUUUCUGCAAUCCAAAGAUGGCAGCAAAUAAGCCUAAAGGACAGAAUUCAUUGGCUUUGCACAAAGUCAUCAUGGUGGGAAGCGGUGGUGUAGGAAAAUCAGCUUUAACACUACAGUUUAUGUAUGAUGAGUUUGUUGAAGAUUACGAGCCCACCAAAGCAGACAGCUACAGGAAAAAGGUGGUUCUGGAUGGGGAAGAAGUUCAAAUUGAUAUAUUGGACACAGCAGGGCAGGAGGACUAUGCUGCAAUUAGAGACAACUACUUCCGAAGUGGAGAAGGCUUUCUUUGUGUCUUCUCUAUUACAGAGCUGGAAUCCUUUGCAGCGACUGCAGACUUCAGGGAGCAGAUCUUAAGAGUAAAAGAAGAUGAGAAUGUUCCUUUUUUGCUAGUUGGUAACAAAUCAGAUUUGGAAGAUAAAAGGCAAGUUUCUGUAGAGGAAGCAAAAAACAGAGCUGAUCAGUGGAAUGUUAACUAUGUGGAAACUUCUGCAAAAACACGAGCUAAUGUUGACAAGGUGUUUUUCGAUUUAAUGAGAGAAAUUAGAGCCAGAAAAAUGGAAGACAGCAAAGAAAAGAACGGGAAGAAGAAAAGAAAAAGCCUAGCUAAGAGGAUCAGAGAAAGAUGUUGCAUUUUAUAAUCUUAACCCUGAAUUCCUUUCCUACCCUGACCAUACUAAUAAAAACCAUAAUUUAUAAGCAUGCCAUUGAAGGCUCAAGUGACUGAAAUUACUCUAACGUUGGAAAUAGUAAUGUAUCACUAAAAGCAUGAAUUGGAGCUGCACUGAAAGUCAAAUUCACUGAAAAAAAAAAUAAUAAUAAUAAUGAUGUGGCUUCAAGAGAAGCAAAGUUCAGUCCAUUUCAUAAUUGCCUACCUUCUCACAUUUCUUCUGAAUGUAGUGUUUCAUAGGCAGUUCUUUUCUUUAAUGGUGACCAGAGAAGGGGAAGUAUUACUUUGGGUUCUUGUAAAGCAGACUUUUUUUAUCACUGGUAACUGUCAAUUCAUCUUGUCUUUUGUUGCCUUGAAAAUGACAAUUGUGACCAUGAUAGCUAACCACGCGGUAUGCGGUUUGUUUUGCCAUGGAGUUAUGCAAAUUAGAACAGAAUAAUAAUGUAUAUGCGAACAAGAGAUGUUGGGGGGAAAAUCACACGUGGUUCUGCGUUACCUGGGAGAGCGAUGUAAUCUUUUACAUUGAAACAUUUGAAUAUGCCUUAAUUUUAAAAACUAAAACAUUACAGGUGGCUUAAUCAAGGGUGUAUUUUCAAGGCUGUAGCCUGGAGACUGUCCCUGCACAGUGUCUGUUCUUUAAGUGUGUGCCAUACGCCGGUAUUGGGAAUAACACAGAGCAUAUUCUGUCACCUGUAACUCGGUAAACAAGAGGGUAUCUUAAAACAAAAAGGUCAGAAUACAUAUAAGACUGAAAUCAUAAGCCUAUGGCACAUCUAAGCCUGGAAUGGUUGUUUAAAACUUAACGUGCUGAUACCUUGAAACUUCCCUUUUGCCAGUAGAUUUAUUAUUAUAUUUUUUUUUUGUCUAGAUGUUCCUUGGGUUUUAACUCCUUGGAGUUGGGUGGAGUGGAGCUGAUUCAGUAGUGCUAAUGUGGUUUGAGUUCAGAUGUUGUCUGGGAAAUUCUGGUGUCAUGGGUUCAUUUCUUCUGUGUUCCUAAUCCUCAGCUAGGGGAAGGUGGUGUGUUACGCUGAAGCUCUUCGCGAGGUUUUGUACCGUUCCGUCUAGUCCAUGUUGAUUUUUCAAACGGGGGAACAUUGUAGCUACUUUUUUUUUCUAGUUAAUGUUGAUAUCAAACAAUCAAACAUGCUUUACAAUACAGGAACACUUACCGUGUGCAUCCAAAAGCCCCAAACAAAACAUGCUGCCUCAGUUGCUUCAGAACAGCAGGAAUAUACUAGCACAUGGUUAGUAUGCUGCAUCUUAACUAAAAAUAUACCAGAGUGUUUGAGGGUUUUUGGACUCCUGGGGUAAGACAGGCUAGAUCAAUUCCACAAACUGUUAGACUUUUUAUACAUGUGUUAAGCCUAUAACUGACAGUUCAAAAUGUGCUCAAGCAAACUAGGUAACAAAUAUUUAAUGUCCAUGCUAACAGACAUUUUAGGGACUCAAGUCUUAGAAGUUAUAUUUGUCAUGUUAAAUAUUUAUCAAUAGGAAUUUUGUAUGUGCAUUUAGUAGACUGCCAAGUGCAGAAUUAAAGUUACUUAUGUAACUAUGGCAAAUAAGCCGGUCUUCAUCUUACUGUGUACUCAUUUUGGGUCUAUUUAGCCAGGGAGUCUAACCACUAACAUUGUGACUUUGCUUUGGAACCUGUAUACUGGGAACUGAGGUGUUAUGAAGCCACUGGACACUUGAAACUUGUCUUGGCUGAUGCCUUAUCCUGUCCUUUUAUUUGCUAUUUGAGCCAUUGAAAGAUGAAUAAACUUCCAUUUUUUUUUAAA